UGGCUCAAUAGUCGCUCGCCUGGAAUCUUUCCUUUAAAGUGCCUUUCCCUUGCCCUUAAAUUAUUGACUCACUGCCUCUUACUCUGUUUCUCCCCGCUGCCCCGUCUUCGAUCUGCAUCGACACUCUCUCUUGCGAGCAGCCAAAUAAUGGGCGGACCGACGGCCUCCGAUGACGGUGCUCCGGGCCUCUUCUCGCCCUACAAGAUGGGCAACUUCAGCCUCUCCCACAGGGUGGUUCUGGCGCCGAUGACCAGAUGCAGAGCAAUUAAUGGGAUUCCGCAGCAAGCCCAUGUCGACUACUACACCCAAAGAUCCACCCCCGGUGGCUUUCUCAUAACCGAAGGCACCCUGAUCUCUCCCACAGCCGCCGGGUUUCCACAUUGCCCCGGAAUCUACACCAAGGAGCAGGUGGAAGCGUGGAAGACAGUAGUGGAUGCGCUCCACGCAAAGGGGGCGGUUGUAUUCUGUCAACUGUGGCACGUUGGCCGUGCUUCACACCAUGUGUACCAGCCUGGUGGGGCUGCACCCAUCUCGUCUACUAGCAAGCCCAUAUCCAAGAGGUGGAGAAUACUAAUGCCGGAUGGGACACAUGCCACUUAUCCCAGCCCCCGCCCCUUGUCUGCCUAUGAGAUACCGGAUGUAGUGGAUCGCUAUCGCCAGGCUGCUGUAAAUGCUAUUCAAGCUGGUUUUGAUGGCAUUGAGAUUCAUGGGGCUCACGGUUACCUCAUUGACCAGUUCUUGAAGGAUGGAAUAAAUGGCAGGACGGAUGAGUAUGGUGGUUCACUCGCAAACCGAUGCAAAUUGAUAAUGCAGGUGGUUCAAGCAGUCGUUGCAGCCAUAGGCGCAGAUCGUGUUGGUGUCCGAAUUUCACCAGCCAUUGAUCACCUUGAUGCGACGGACUCUGACCCGCUUAACCUGGGCCUUGCAGUGAUCGAAAGACUCAACAAGCUCCAGCACGUCUUGGGCUCGAGGCUCGCCUACCUCCAUGUAACUCAGCCUCGAUACACAGCUUACGGGCAAACAGAAUCGGGUCGACAAGGCAGUGAAGACGAGGAAACCAUGUUAAUGAGGACCUGGAGAAGGGCGUACCAGGGAACAUUCAUUUGCAGCGGUGGGUUCACUCGGGAACUGGGAAUACAAGCCAUCGCUGAAGGCGACGCGGAUUUGGUCUCGUACGGCCGACUUUUCAUCUCAAACCCAGACUUGGUUCUGAGAUUCAAAGUGAAUGCACCUCUGAACAAGUACAUUAGAGCGACGUUCUACACGCAGGAUCCCGUCAUCGGCUACACAGACUACCCCUUUCUGGGCGCCGGUAGCGAGACCCAUGGACCAUUGUCGCGCUUGUAGUUGGGACAAUUAGCCAGGACCGCGAGGAACUGCUGCAAUGGCAAUUAUUGUUGUAUUAUUUCUCUCUCAACUAAACUAGUCGUGAGAGGAGGGAGGGAGGGAGGGAGGCACAUAGAUAAUUUUGUGCCUACUGUUGGUAAUUUGGUAUUGUAAUUGAAGUAUAUCUAAGGGCCCUAGGUUUAUCAAUUGUCUUGUUUAAGAGGCAUUUUAUACGAAUAUAUGUAUUUAUCACUUUAAUAAGUCUUAAAUUAAUGCACGUGUUAUUAUUAGGGUCAUUCUAGAUGGUGGGUGAGCUAUUCUCUGGUCUGGUCUGGUCUGGGCAUUCCUAAUCCUCGAGGAGACUGAUAAAUGUGACUUUUUGUGAGCUUUUUUCAUUCCCCCCCCCCC